AUGCUGGAAGAUGAUGAUCUAAAGCAUUUGAUAUGGUGGUCAUCUACAAAUGAAUCGUUCGUGAUUACUCCUGGUGAAGAGUUUAGUAAAGCAUUAGCUCAAUAUUUCAAACACACUAAUGUUGCAUCUUUUGUUCGUCAAUUGAAUAUGUAUGGAUUCCACAAAGUUAGUGAUGGAAAUACAACUGAAAAUUCUGAAGUGACCACUUGGGAAUUCCGUCAUAGUUCAGGAAGCUUUAGAAAAGGUGAUAUAGAUAGUUUGAAAUCAAUCAAAAGAAGA